AUGGUCCUACUACCCGGAGCACGCUAUCUCGUUGCAUCCGUUACCGACGAUGCGGGCCUCAAUUAUGCAGUUGUCGUCUUCUCCGUGGAUCGCACGUCACUCGGAGCUGUUCCCUUGGCGAAAACACUGACAUUGACGAAGGCUUACAAUCUCCGAGCGAAAUAUAUGACCGUUCAUGGAGAGAGUGGCAUAGUCGUCGCUUUCGACCGUGAAAUGAGAGGGAAUGAAUCGUGGAAGUGCUUUGAUGCUUCGAAGCGCGACACUAACGGUGGGGCCAAACCUAAAAGCCCAUUCAAAUAUGAAUGCGUGUUACUUCACGUUUCUCUCUCUUCUUUGGAAGCCCUCAUACGCGCACGCGUUGUCCCGGGCUCCCGGGAGUAUCUGCUGUACGCGUCCACUCGUCCUCGCCCUUUCCAAAACCUGGCGACGGUCAUGUCAAGGAAACCGAUCGGAGCACCUUCACUCGGUGAGAUCUUUGGCUCUCCGUACGUUGCAGUCAGCGAGGACUGCAGCAACAUCGUGUUCAAGAAUCUAGACGGCGGAAAUGCGUCCGUUCUGACAUGCGUUCCCACCGUCCUUGGUUCUGAUGAAGCGCACUCCAUAGAGGCGAUUCACCUUGUUUCUGAGAGAAAUCAAGUUCUGGUGGUGCGCAAAAUUAAGAUUGAGCGCGGAAGCCCUGCACUCGCCAUCGAGUACUUCGACGUCCUCUCUGAGCCAGGAGGGCCACGCGCUCACACUGACUCCAUAUAUCUGUACUGCAAGGACGUGGCCAGUGUCAAGAUCUCCGAUAACGAUUCCUACGCGAGAAACGGGCUCUCACAGUCGAUAUUAUCCACUCCCAUCUCAGUUUUUAUACGCACGACUGAUGAAGGAAGUCUCGCGUACCUCAGGAUCUUCCCUCAGCGUAAGGAACACGGCCUUGCUGCUGCUCCCACUUCACCUUCCUUUGAUCUCGCCCGUAGACCUAGCUUCUCCACCGAAGUAUAUCCACUGCAGGACGGAGCGCAGCUGCAGCAAUUGUCCUGGGAGGAUGAACAUGUAGGCGUGCUUCCUGCGUCUUGCCGCCCGGUAGUCUAUCUCAUAGACAAGAAUGAUCCGGACGCGUCACCGCACAUCCUCCGGUACAUGAGACUUCGUGACUUCGAUCCGGAGAGCACCUCUAAGCAGGCUGCACACGACGGCGGCGACUUGGAGGACAAUAGUGGUGAAACGGCGCGGAUGAUGACCACGCAGCUCGUAAUUCCCGCCAAGGUUGCAAAUCUCGCUUCUGUCAGCGCACUAGCGUGGGACGAGACCACUGGCCGACUGUGCAUUGCCGACGCAAGGACGGGAAUGGUGCAGGUUCUUGACUUUGCAGCAUUGCCGUUGUCGUGA